CUUUUAUGCAGUGCUGACUAAAUUUUUGUGCAAUAAGAUUCGUAAUAUUUUAUAUUUUUUCAAUAAUGGAACUUCAAUGUACAUUUGGAUCAUACACAACCAUUGUUGGUCAAGAAUACUAUCGAUGUCUCGUUGAAAACCAAAUCCUUACUACAACAGGAUUAGAACUAAUUGGAGAACAUUUAGCUGGAAAAACAAACGAAGAUAUCGAUUUUAUAAUGUUUAGUAACUGUAAUCUUGAGAAAAUACCAAAAGGAUUCACAGCAUUAUUUCCUAAUUUGAAAAAGCUUCAAAUUUACAAAUCAAAUUUAAUAGAAAUCAACAAAAAUGAUUUAGCUGAGUAUCACAAUUUAGAAAGACUUUCAUUUAUAGAAAAUAAUUUACGAUUUUUACCUGAUAAUUUGUUUGAAAAUUUCAAAAAUUUAAAAUCGAUUUCAUUUUUUAAGAAUGAGUUAAAAUAUAUUGAGCCUAACAUUUUUUUUGGCCUUGAUAAGCUUGAAAAUGUUGACUUUAGAUGGAAUCCUGAGUAUAAUAUUUGCUAUUCAAUUCGUAAAGAAGAUUGUUUGAAUGCAUCGACGAUUGAAGAUGUUAAAGAUGAAAUUUGGAAUGUGCACUUAAGUAAUCCAUUAAAAGUAGCACAAUAUAGUCGAAAAUUUAAUCCAAUUAAUUCGAAAAACAAGAAAUUGAGUGAAGAUUUAGUGAAAAUUAUUAAAAACGAUAGUUUAAAAGAUUUUAAAAUAAAAAUUGAAAAACAAGAAAUUUCUGCGCAUCGAUUAGUUCUUGCUGCUCGAAGUCCAUAUUUCUAUAAUCUUUUAAGCAACAAUUGUUUACAUGAAUUAAUUGAAGAUGAAAUUCCAUUUGAUAUCGUUGACAUCGCUAUUAAAUUUAUGUACACCGAGAAAUUUCCUGAUAAUGAAGUUGAUUAUUUUAAUUUACUUGCUGGUGCUAUUAAAUAUGGUAUUAAGCCAUUAAAAGAAUUUGCUAUCGGAAAAAUUAUACAUUCAAUCAAUCCAGAUAAUGCAUUUGAUGUUUUUAAAGAAGCAAACAAACAUUCUGAAUUGGAAUUGAUGUCAACUGCUUUUGAUGAAAUUAAAAAAAAGUAUCCGAAAAUUGAGUUUAGCGAUGAAUGGAUAUCAAAACCUGAAAUUGUGGCAGACAUAAUUGAAAAAUGUGUUAAGAAAAAAAGGAUUUAGAAACAGUUGAGAGCUUUUUAAAUUUUAGACUCUCCUGCAUUUAAUUACUUUUUUAUCACUUUCAUUUUUUUGCAUUUAUAAAACUAUAAUAAUUUUAAAAAAUAAUAAAAUAUUUGAAUAAAAUCAAUAUAUCCGUUGUAAUAUUAUGUAUAGGGCAGGCGCGUAGCCAGGGGUGGGAUUAUUUGGGGGGCAAAUCCCCCUUCGUCUUGAGAAAUUUCUUCAUUUUGCUAGAGUUUUAAGAAAAACUCGAACCCCCCCCUAAAAGUUUUCCAUACAAAAAAAAUUUGUUCCCCCUCUUAAAAUUCCUGGCUACGCCCCUUUUAUAGGGUGUUAAAUCUACACAUACAAACGAUACGCAGCUAAAUAUAAAAUAUUUUGAUAUAUUUAUUUCAUCGAAUUUUUCUUAUAGAUUUCCA